AUGUCCAAGACACCCAACCCAGAGUUUACCAAAGACGGCACGGUCGUUGACCUGGCCGAGCCAGAUGAUGGUCCACAGCACAGAUCUUUUGUCUCUGCUUUCCUGUCAAGGAAGAAGGCCUUGGACCCCGACAGCAUUGCCACCACACGCAGCGUAUUCGACGAUCCAGUGCUGGCCAAAUAUUAUCAGCCUCACCCACAAUACGAGAACUUGCACCGAUUCGACCCAAACGAGCGCUGGACACAUCGUGAGGAAACUGCAGUGCGUCGCAAAUGCGACAUCAAAAUAUUCCUUUGGAUUCUUGUGAUGUUCUUUGGCCUUAACCUGGACCGAGGGAACCUGGGCAAUGCGUCCGCCGACAAUCUGCUAGAUGAUUUACACAUCAACACGAACGACUACAAUAACGCACAAAACAUGUAUCGAAUUGGGUUCCUGAUCUCAGAGAUCCCAUCACAAAUGAUUGGAAAACGACUGGGCCCCGAUCGAUGGAUUCCCGUGCAGAUCAUCAUGUGGAGUUUGGCAUCGGGGGGUCAGUUCUUCAUUCACAACCGCGCUGGGUUCUUUGCUUGUCGCUUCUUCCUGGGCUUCUUCAUGGGUGGUUUCAUUCCGGAUGCAAUUUUGUAUCUCUCAUACUUCUACAAGAAGACCGAAAUGCCGCUUCGACUGGCGUUUUUCUGGUUUGUGGAUUCCAUCUCUGGUGUCAUUGCUUCGUUCAUCGCCUACGGUGUCCUGCAUAUGCGUGGCGUUCAAGCUCGACCGGGCUGGCAAUGGCUUUUCCUCAUCGAAGCAUUGAUAAGCUUGGUUAUUGGCGCCUUCAGCUUUCUCUUUCUCGUCCCCGGACCGACUCAAACAAAAACCUGGUGGAAUCCAAAGGGCUACUUCACCGAGCGCGAAGAAAGGAUCAUCGUCAACCGCGUCCUCCGCGACGAUCCAUCCAAAGGAGACAUGCACAACCGUCAAGCAUUGUCGUUGGGCAUGCUCUGGAAAAGUCUGAAAGACUACGACCUGUGGCCCAUCUACGUCAUCGGCAUUCUCUUUGAGAUCCCUACCUCCCCUCCUAAGGGAUAUCUCAGUUUAUCGCUCAAGGCAAUCGGCUUCAGUACUUUCGAAACAACCCUGCUCGGAAUACCAGUCACAGUUUUCGCUGCCAUCAACUUGCUCAUCAUCACAGAGAUCACCGAGCGAUUUCACGAGAUCUCCAUUGUCGGUAUCCUCACUCAGCUCUGGUCGCUUCCGCUGCUUAUCGUCCUCUACACGUCCGCUAGCACGCUCUCCAACUGGGGUUUGUACGCGGUUACAUUCGUGCUUUUGGGCUGGCCUUCCCCCCACGCCGCUCAUGUCGGUUGGUGUUCACGGCUCAGUAACGCCGUGCGAACCCGAACUGUUAGCGCGGCCCUAUACAAUAUCACGAUUCAAUUGUCUGGGAUUGCAUCAUCGAAUAUUUAUCGCGAAGAUGACAAGCCGUACUAUCACCGCGGAGAUGGUCAAUUGAUAGCAAUCAACAUCGCGACUAUUGUGGCAUAUGUUCUGGCGAAGGGGUACUAUGUGUCGCGCAACCGGUGGAAGAAGGCUAAGUGGGAGGCGAUGAAUGAGCAGGAGAAAGCGCAUUACUUGGAGAAUACCAGCGAUGAGGGGAAUAAGCGGCUGGAUUUCCUGUUCGAUAGUUAG